AAAGCUUUGAACAGGUUUAGGAUUCAAAGAAGAUUAACAAAUGAUCUACGGACUUCCUUGGCUUGGUCCCAGUUUGUAGUCAUUAAGACAAUCUAUAACUAGUUGAAAUGGGCACAAGAAAAGUAGGAAAAAAUGCAGUCAAAAGGAGCCAUCUUUAGUCUCAAAUUGGGCUUAGCCUUCCUUAAUGCCAGACAACUCUUAUUAAACAUGUUUUUUCGGCUUAAUACCAAUCACAUGGCUAAAAUACUACUGGUAACCAUUUUUUUUAGGAAGAAAUUUUCUGGUUAUCGAAAGCAGAGUCAGUUGAAACUAUUGUUAGGGAAGAAAGGUGCAGAGAAAGACGAUGAAAUAGAAUCUUUUCGUUGGUAGCCCAAGGGAUCGAGGAAUUAACUAAAAUUACAUUUGAUUGACUAUACUCUCUUUGUCGCCCACGGGGUGAGCCUAAUAUGAAUAACAACUCUAAAGGAAAAGAUUAUACACGUCUUGGAGUCAAGGACAGUGCACAAAAAGCCCUUUUUUUUUUGGAGAUGGAGAAAAAGUAAGUGGGGUGAUUUUUAUCUGUUCCCUCAUGGUGUCCCCAUUAGUUGAUAUACGAAAUUGGAAAGGAAUUCUAGAUCAUUCAGAUUUCAGGUUCGGAUUUGGGAUAUGGAUGGAAUCAAGAGGGAAGAAAGAGUCUGGUUUCAGAGGCUUGAUCAACUGCGUAAUCAUGGACAAUCAACAAAUCGCUAAAUGCUUCUUUAGACUGUCGCUACAGAAAAGAUUCAGGUGGGGAGAACUCUUAUGUUAUCAAGUUUUAUAAAGCCGUCAGGAAAAUCCAUCUCCACCUAUGUUGUGCCCUUCCUCCCAAAGCAUUCCAGCAUCUGUUAUUCCUCAUCUCACCCUAUAAAGCAAAGUUGGACAAGGGGGAAAGACAUGGAAUUGACAGGGAACCAUAGCCAAGUGUCUAAGGCAUGAAUCUGCAAAACUUCUAUUCAUAGGUUUGAAUCCGAACAGUUCCUACAGUGCCAUUCCAUUUGUUUUCGCUGCUUUUGUGCAUCAUUAUUAUCGACAACCAGCCCUUUGUCAUCAGCAACCAUCGUCGUUGUAUUCAUCACAAUUGUUAUCGAUCAACAUCAUGUUGAUUUUGUUGCUGCUAUCACAGUCAAAUAGGCCUUCACGAAGAAGAGAAGCUGAUUGUACCUUUUCCGUCUUCAUUGUACAUGCUGUUGAUUAGAUUGAGAGUUGCUGCAGCUGAACUUGGAGCUAGGGUUUGGAGCAGUCAGUUCACAGCAUCUUGUGAAGAAGAGCAGCUCCAGCUGAACUUGGAGCUAGGGUUUGGAGCAGUCAGUUCACAGCAUCUUGUGAAGAAGAGCAGCUCCAGCUAUUUUACCAUUAUAGGGACGGGCCCAGGUUCAUCACAUUUUCCCACCCGAGUGACUGCUGUGGCAGCGGCAGUACUAGUCGUGGCAAUACUGGUGAUGGUGGUUAGGACAGGAGCAGCCUCAGUUGUGGCGGUAAUGGCAACAUUAUUGGUGGUCAUAGGGAUGUGUUGGUUGGCUGGCUGCAGUGGUGUCUUUACCAAGAGUCAAAGACUGGACCUAGAUGUGGAACCACAAUAUACUGGUGCAAGAAUCGAGGGAGAUGUUGUAACUUUGGAUUUUGUGAAGAAAAUGAUGGAUGACUUCAAAAAUCAGAAGUGCUUACACAAACGGUAUGCAUUCCAGAUUGUCUUGCAAACAAGAGAAAUGCUACGAGCCUUGCCGUCUCUUGUUGAUAUAAAUGUUCCUGAUGGCAAGCAUUUCACAGUUUGUGGUGAUGUACAUGGUCAGUUCUAUGAUCUGUUGAACAUAUUUGAGCUCAAUGGGCUUCCCUCGGAAGAGAAUCCAUAUCUAUUUAAUGGUGACUUUGUGGAUAGGGGAUCCUUCUCCGUGGAGGUCAUACUCACACUGUUUGCAUUCAAGUGCAUGUCUCCAUCAGGCAUAUAUCUCUCUCGAGGAAAUCAUGAGAGUAAAAACAUGAACAAGAUCUACGGUUUUGAGGGCGAGGUCAGGUCCAAGUUGAAUGAAACUUUUGUGGAACUCUUUGCAGAAGUGUUCUGUUGUAUACCUUUGGCUCAUGUAAUAAAUGAGAAGAUUUUUGUGGUUCAUGGAGGUCUUUUCAGUGUUGAUGGUGUGAAGCUCUCUGACAUUCAAGCAAUUGAUCGGUUUUGUGAGCCUCCGGAGGAAGGGAUGCAAGAACUAGUGGGGCCCAUGGUUUUGGAUGCAAAUCAGGUGGGUUGGAUUAGGUUGAAAGCCACCCAAGCUUAUUCAAAAGGGUUGUGCCUAGUGCCGUAG